AUGACAGACACUUGGGUAGUAGUUGGUGCCUCCAGAGGCAUUGGCCUCGAAUUUGUCCGCCAACUUCUGAAAGACUGCCAGCAUGUCAUUGCUGGAGUUCGUGACCUUUCUAAGGCAGACCAGCUCUCUGAUCUAGUUGCUCGCCACCCACCACUGAGCAACUGCCUGAUCUAUGAGUGCGAUAUUACGAACGAAAAAAGCAUUAAAGGCUUUGUUGAAAGCACUGAAGAAGCAGUCAAAGGUGGGCUUAGGAUCAAAAAUAUCAUUGUCAAUGCUGGUAUUCUUAGAUACCCCAACCGUGCGACUGAAAUCUCAUUUUCCGAUUUUGCCCUUCACCUGCACACCAACACUAUCGGGCCUAUCAUUUGUGCACAGAAACUCGUGAACAUCGAUUCGGAAUGGCCCCCUUCCAAGGUUGUGUUCAUUUCAUCUGACUCCGGGUCGGCUACUGUUUUCCGAGACCACGAAGAUGGUUUUGGGGCCUAUGGCGCAAGCAAGGCCGCUCUCAACCAAAUGCUUAGACAUAUGGCUGCAGAGCUAUCAAGAAGAGGUGGAAAGUGGGACAAUACAUGCGUCCUUGCCAUGCAUCCAGGUGAAGUUAAAACGUACACAAAAGAAAUACCUGCGCCGGUCAGUGGUUUGCUUACUAACGAAACGUUCAGCGACAUGGCCGAUAUUCAUGUCGACUGGGAAGUCGAAGGCUCUAUCGAGGCCGAUGAAAGCGUCUCUGGGAUGCUCAAGGUCAUUGGAGAGAAGAAUGAGAGUGGCAGUUUCUGGUGCUGGGAUGGUAGACGACACCCUUGGUAG